GACCAAGAUUGUGAGGAGGGCCUUCAGAGGCACCCCGCUGGCGAUGGGGACUAAAGCUCUCUUGAAGCACGGCGCCUUGGCUGGCCUCUUCCUCGGCAUGGACAUGAGCAGCCUCGAGAAGGACUGGAAGCAGCUGAAGGAGGGAGCCAAGACCGAGGAGGCAGACCAGCUGAGGGCCCAGGCUGAGGAGUGGGAGAGAAAGCUGGCAGUACUCACCCAGCUCUAUGAACACCUGCAGGAAAGAAGCCUUAGGAACUCAUCUUCCAAGGAAGAGGAAGCCGGUACGACUCUGUCUCAGCCCCCAGCCAAGCUAGGGGAAGCAGGCCCCCAGGUCACAGCAACCGCAGCAAUCGCUGGAUAAGAUCCUUUGUCUGCGCACAGAAGGACUGGAACCUGCUCCACCAGAUUCCAUCGGGAAGGGAGAGGCCCUGUUCUCCCCAAGACUAUCCCCCCGACCCCCACCCGUGUUCCAGGCCUCCUUCUGACCUCCUUCAGAACUGUGUGCACCUUCCUGCCUUCCCCGCUCACCUACCUUACACUACCUUGUUAGCUGCUGUCUUGAAAGCAGUGCAUUGCCAUUAAAUACACUUUUUUUUUUUUUUUUA